AUGAUUCUAUGGCAUUCGAAUGCACGGCCACCGAAGAUCCGCAAGAAAAUCAACGAGGAAGUGAUUCAACUCACACCAAAUAACCUGAAUCAGGCUAAAUUCCUCAAAUUUCAACGUAUCCCCUUAAGACGAUUACCGACACGACAAGAACGUCGAAAAUCAACAGGAGCGCCAAUACUCAUUUGUGGUGAGGGGACGAUGGGUAUUGUGGUGGACUAUCCAUUUAAUGGCCGAAUCUAUGCCAGUCAUCGAGAAAAAGAUCAUGAAUGUACGCAAUAUGUCACAAUGGUGUAUCAUCGAUGGUCCUGUCCAUCAUCGGAAUUCGCUUUCAAGGUAUAUCGAUGCUAUGUACACAAUGGAUUCAAACAAUCCUAUCUAAUUAUCAACGAUAACGGGUGUUCGCUCGAUGAGUCGAUCCUGCCACAUCCAACUUACGAUAUGGUUAACGGUGUCGUUUACACACCGUCAAAAGCAUUCAGAUUCACUAAGUCACGACGAGUUCACUUCAAUUGCAUGCUCUCCGUAUGCCAUAAAAACGAUGCCGACUGUGUUAAAGACAUACCGCCUCGAUGCCCACGAUCGUUACGAAAACGAGAGUUGCCGGGAGAUUUUUCGGUUGAGGAACGAUUGAAAAAUGUGCAUGCGCUGAUGGAGGUGAAGAACAUCACCAGCGAUGAGCAAUACGAGGAGGAGGAAUUUGUUGGUGAUGAAAAGACGACCACCCCAGAAGCCAGCACCAACACGCGUCCAUUAUUCAUCGAGGAUGGACCAUAUGCUUUGCCGCAUUCAUGUAUGCCGUCGAAUUAUUUGCAUUGGAUCUACGCUUUGCUCAUUACGAAUAUACUUUCCAUACUGGUCGCUGUGGUGGCGUGUAGUACAUUGCUGCGAAGACGUUUCUCAUUUGAUGUUGUCGCUCUUCGACACAAAUAUCAUUUUAACAUGUGA